AUGUCAGUGGUUUCUGCAGGAGAAGGUCACGGCGCUAUCAAUAAUCAUGGUCAAAGGAGGUCAGCAUAUCAGACGGAUGGAAAACCCCUAUCGAAGGAGGCCUUAUAUCGAACUCAGCUCAAAUAUGGUGUCUAUCCGACUCCCGCUAAUAGUGUUGGGUUAGGGCUUGCCAAUUCAAAGUCGGGUUCAGGGGCGGCCGCCACAGCUGCUAUAUCAAACAAUAAGACUAACAGGAAGGAUCAAAAGGUAUAUAUGGACCGUGGUGCGUCUAGUGCUGCAACUAGGGCUCACCAGGAGGUUCCUCGCUCAUUUGAUUUGUUGCCAAAGGAUUCAAAGCCAGAGCGUAAGGGUAGCAAAAAAGGCAGGCUAGGAAAUAUGGAUAUAUCGAAAGUUUUAUCUGGAGCUGAGCGGGCAGCAACGAAGAGGCUUGACGAGCGUUUGAACCCCGAAAAACCAAACUAUACUUAUGGGUUAAAGACGGAAGGCGAUUAUACAAGGCCUAAUCAUUAUACUCUAACUUCUGAUCAUAUUGGCAGUCUAGGUGCCAGAGAUAAUACUAAUGGGCAGUUGGAGAAGGAUGUUGACCCAGCACAUUAUGCUGACUUUGCUUCUAGCGCAGCGCUAGCAAACAGAGACCAUAUGCCCGGGAAAGAGUUCCAAAGAGAUGUCAUAGAACAACAUGCUUUGUCGUCAGAUUACUAUAAGGGUAUCGAUUCUAGAAAGGUUCUUGCUUUAGCACAGCAGAGAGCUCAAACCCGGUUGAAAGAAAUUGAAAGGGAUAAUCCUCAUACUGAGUUGUUUGGAAACACCGAGUACAACAGGGCUGCCGUGGAAAUUGCAAAAAAACAUCACCAAGAACGCCAGCGUCUUACUGGCGGUAAGGUUAACUUAGGGGGCGGACUUUGGAUAAAUGCUGAUGAGGUUGAUCAUAUUGCACAAGAGUACGUAUCCCCUGUGUUGCAUGACGUCGACAGAAGAGCUGUUGAGCAGAGGGCUAUUGAUGCAGACAUUAGACAAAGAUCUCUGACUUAUAAUCAGAAGUAUGCAGAAUGGAGCAAACUGCAAGAAGAAAAACUUGCUAAUGAUGAGAGACUGCAAAGGGAGGCUCAUGAAAGACAUCAACUGGAAUUGAGCGACGUUGAGCAGACUUUUGAAGGCAAACAUGAUGAGUUAGUUUACGAGAAGGAACAAAUCAUCAGAAAGAAGCAGGCAGAAUUAGAGAAAGCCCAAGCUGCUUAUGAGGAAUUAGCAAGAGAAACUGAACAUAUUGUUGCUACUGAGCAGGAAGCUGCACAGCGCGAACUGGAAGAAGUAAAGCAAGCAAAGGCCUCCGAAAUCGAGACUUUGAAAGCCAAACGCAUUGAAACUUUGGAACCGCUCGAGGAUGAGCUCGAGGAAUCUCGUCGCCAUGAGGAAGAGUUGAUCCAGGAACGCUACAGAGCUCAGGAAGAACUAGGUAUAUCUUCACACCAUCUUGAAUCUGAUAGGGCUGAAUGCGCCGAGUUGGAACAAAAGGUCGCUGAAUCCAAUCUCAAACUCCAAGAGCAGCAGGAGGAGGUGCUCGCACUAACUUCUGCAGAAGCUGAGUUGGAGAAGGAAAUCACAGCUCUUUCUGCAAUGGUGGAGGAUGCAGAGCAGCAAGUUCUACAGACUAGUAAGGCACUUACUGAAAAGGAAAUGGAAUUAGAGACCUUACUGUCUGAAAGGAAGGCAGAGCUGGAUAAGGUGGAAUUGAAGUUGCAACAAGAAAAGGCGGUACUGGCGGUUACCAAUGACAAUCUUGUUCACCUACGUCAAGGUCAGCUUCUUCCAGAACAGAAGUUUCCCGACAUUAUGUCGGAGAAUUAUACCGUGCAGGAUAGUGCAGAUACUGGCAUACAUUCCGCUGCGCAAUCCGGUGCAAAGCCUACUGUAAGGAUCAGCGAGCAGCAGCAAACUGCUGUACACUCUGGUGCAACAACUAGCGAACAGCAACAACAAAGUUCUUAUCAGAGACAAAACCCAAGUGGAUUAUCUGCAAAGUCUGCCAGGCCUGAAAGUAAUGUAAUGAACAGAGAACAGAGAACUAGCGGUAAGCCAAUGAGGUCAGACUCAGGGAACGUACAUUAUAUGACGAAUUCUAGAUCACAAAAGAAGAGUUCUCCUCUGGGAAAGUUCAUCAAUAAGAUUAUGCCAAAAAAGAAAUCAGACCCUUCAAGUAAAAGCUCGAAACGCUUACAGAAUUCCAGAGGGGUUAACACAUCUGGUUCAAAGCAUACAUUAAGACCUGUUAGCUCUUCCAGUAACGCACAGCAAACUAUGCCUGCAAGUAAUGCUCAUGCCGUACCAUCCUCUUCGUAUAAUAAUCCUGUCCAUGGAAGUUCGAGCCUUAGGCCACAAUCGAGUAAUCAACCAAUCGUAGGGGGUUCACAACGUGCAAGAGCCGCCACUGAUGAUGUGGAAAUUGAUGAUGUUCAAGAAAUUCUUGAACCAGGUGCCAAGAAGAAGAAGGAAAGCCUGUUCACGGAAGUUUUCUAA